AUGCUAAAAUUUGAUUCAGAAGCAUGGGUGUCCCUGAAAAUCAGGGACAGACAUUGGAUUGUUACACAAGAAAAUGGACAAAAAGUUACUGCCCGUCAGGAACCUCGACUGGUGCUGAUCUCGGUGUCAUGUGAGAAUGGACACUUAAUUUUGAAUGCACCAGACAUGGAGGAACUGCGGGUCCCAGUUAAGCUACCAGAAUCCAAUCUUGUGAAGACCAUCAGAGUGUGGGGGAGUGAUAUUCCAGGAAGAGACUGUGGAGACGAGGCUUCCCAUUGGAUCACCACUUUUUUGAAGAGUAGUCAGCCAUACCGAUUGGCACAGUUUGAACCUAACAUGAAAUACCGAAACGCAAAAGAGAAGAAUCCUUAUUUUAGGCCCAGUGAUAAGAUUGUCUAUCCAGAUGCAAGUCCCAUCUUGUUAAUAACUGAAGCUUCUUUGGAAGACUUGAACACUAGAUUGGAGAAGAAGGUUCAGAUGCGUAAUUUUCGACCCGUUAUUGUGGUUUCAGGCUGUAGUGCUUUUGAAGAGGAUUCCUGGGAUCACAUUCAGAUUGGCUCUGUAAUACUGGUUCGUGUAAUGGCUUGUCCCAGAUGCAUUUUAACAACCGUGAAUCCAGACACUGGGGUUAUUGACAGGAUUGAGCCUCUGGAAACACUGAAAAGCUAUCGUAUGUCUGAUCCUUCAGAAAAGCAUAUCUACAAAUCUGCACCACUGUUUGGACAGUUUUAUGCCGUGGAUAUGACAGGACAUAUUAAAGUGGGAGAUGCUGUAUACAGACUUCUUUAGUAAUGAAACUGUGCAUUUUACUGAAAAUUCCAAAUAAAUCAUUAAAUAUAAUUUCCAGUAUUAACAGA